UUGUAGUGCAUAGUACACGGUCGAUCGAGUGAGAGUGGUCACUAACGAAUGGCGGGUUUGAACUCGAAUCCAUUUGCAGAUCCAUUUGCGGACCCGAGUGUGCAACAAGCUGUUGACCAGGGGAUAACAGAUCCGACCGAAGAUUUCAAUCCAUUUGCUCGAAAUGCUCCUUCUGCUCCUCCGAGAUCUCUCACAGAGCCUACAGCUGGGUUGACUCCGGCAAGAGUUUCGGCACCAGUAAUGAGCAGCGAUGAGCUUUUUCGACGUCAAGAGGAACUUGAACGAAAAGCCCAGGAAUUGCGUAGGAGAGAGCAAGAAUUAGAACGACAACAGCGAACUGGUCGCAUUGCUUCCACAGGAAGCACACGGCCUCAUAAUUGGCCACCACUUCCAUCUUUUGUUCCACUUCAGCCAUGUUUUUAUCAGGAUAUCGAAGUAGAGAUUCCGGUACAGUUUCAACGCACAGUUACUUUAGUUUAUUAUGUUUUCUUGAGUUAUGUAUUGGCUUUAGCAGUUAACGUCAUAGCCUCUUUUUUUUACUUUAUUUUUGGUAAUGGGUCUAUUGGUAUAUUGGUCCUUGCUAUUAUACAGAUUUUGCUGCUUUCCUCGUGUUCGUUUCUGUUCUGGUUUCGUCCUGUCUACAAAGCAUUCAGGAAUGACAGCUCAUUCAACUUCAUGCUGUUUUUUCUCGUCCUUUUCUUUCAUUCAAUAUUCACACUGGUGCAAGCGCUUGGCUUGUCGCAAUAUGCUUGUGGUUGGAUUAAUGCUAUUAAUACAUUUCAUCAUAGCAUAUUUGCAUCUCUUAUAAUGAUAAUAUCGGCGAUUGCAUUCACGGCUGCAUUUGUUGGAAUGGUAUUUGCGUUAUUUAGAGUCCACCGUUUCUAUCGAGGGGCAGGUUUCAGUUUGGACAAAGCACGCAAGGAAUUCUCUGAUGGUGUUAUGGCGGAUCGGAACGUUCAACAGGCUGUAACAGGAGCAGCUCGAGCAGUUGCAUCGGCAGCUACUACACAGGCAAUGAAUCACGCAACGCAAAGUGGGCGAUACUAAUGCAUUUAGUACUUUUUUUUUUUGAUUGUGCUUUACCCCAGUAUAUAUUGCGCUAUCUCUGAAGGAUUUCAAAUUUAUCUUGUUUUUUUCGCUUAUUAAGUAGUAUUAGUGGAUUUUUCGUCUUUGCAGCCAAAAGAAUACAAUUUUAAAGACGUACGUUGUAAAUUGAAGUGAAGUUGCGCUCAGUUGUAAAAAUGCUUCACUUGUCAUCUUGUGACUUUGCAAGGUACAUUGUUGAUAAUCACUAAAGACCUGACACUUUCGCUACUAAUUCAUUUUCUUGUUCGAUUGAACUGAGAGCUUAUUUCAUUUGUUUCACAUCUCAUCCAUUUUCUAGAUUUGUUGGUUUUGAUCAGAUUUUGGUCGAUUCUAGUAAUGAGUAAGGGAUAAGUUUUAACUACAAUUUUGACCUUUGGCGCUCAUCGCAG